AUGUUGGGCAGAGGGUCUCCUGCUAUGGAGAGGAGCAGCAGCAGUGGGCAGACAAGUGAGAAAAAGGCUGCAGGGCAGCUGUCCAACAGCAUCAGUGUCCAAGGCAUCUCCUACACCAUCAGAGAACAUGUUGGCCCAUGGUGGAACAUUGCUCUAUGUCGCAAAAAAUGUACCCGACAGAUACUUAAGGAAGUCUCAUUUCACAUAGAGAGUGGCCAGAUUAUGGGGAUUUUAGGAAAUUCUGGAUCUGGGAAAACAACACUUCUGGAUGCAAUAUCAGGACGCCUGGGACAUAAAGAAAACUUCUUUGGUGAAGUGUACAUGAAUGGGCAUCAGUUGAAGAGAGAACAGUUUAGAGAUUGCUUCUCUUAUGUGCCACAGCAUGACACUUUGUUAAGCUUCCUCACCAUACAAGAGUCUCUGACCUACACUGCUUUACUAACUCUUCAGAAACGCUCCAAUGACUGCAUCAAAAAGAAGGUGGAUGCAGUUUUGGCUGAGCUGAGUCUCAGCCACAUUGCUGGCAAAAUCAUUGGAAGCCGUAUUUUUGCUGGGAUUUCUGGGGGUGAGAGGCGCCGCGUUUCGAUUGCAGCCCAGCUGUUACAAGAUCCCAAGGUCAUGAUACUUGAUGAACCAACAACAGGGCUGGACUGCCUGACCGCAAAUCAGAUUGUCUCACUUCUCUCAGAUCUUGCACACAAAGACAGGAUUGUGAUUAUUACAAUUCAUCAGCCUCGCUCAGAACUUUUCAGGUUAUUUGACAAAAUAGCCAUCAUGAGCUUUGGAGAAAUGGUUUUCUGUGGGAACCCUAUGGAAAUGAUCACAUUUUUUAGUGACUGUGGCUAUUCUUGUCCUGAGCAAUCAAAUCCUUUUGACUUCUAUGCGGAUGUGACGUCUGUGGAUACCAGAAGCAAGGAACGUGAACUUGAAACCUACAGUAGGGUCCAGGUAAUUGUAUCAGCCUACAAAAACUCAGAGAUCUUUGCCAAAGUACUGGCAGCCAUUGAAAGAACAAAGUAUAUGAAAGAACUGCCACCAAUACCAUUCAAAAACAAAGACUCACCCAGUGCCUUUUUCAAAUUAUGGAUUCUUUUACGGAGGACAAUGAGAAACUUCUCCAGAGAUAAGAUGGGCAUCAUCAUGCGUCUCCUCCAGAAUUUGUUAUUUGGCUUGUUUGUAGCAUUUUUCCUUCUCAGACUAAACAGUGACUUGGUGAAAGGAGCUGUGCAGGACCGCGUGGGGCUUGUUUACCAGUGCGUGAGUGCCCCACCCUACACAGGGAUGCUCAAUGCUGUUGCCCUUUUCCCACCUUUACGUGCUCUCAGUGACCAAGAAAGUAAAGAUGGCUUGUAUAAGAAGUGGCAAAUGCUUUUAGCGUAUAUAGUACAUUUCCUACCCUUCAGUGUCAUCAGUGUGGCAAUAUUCAGCACCUUUAUAUACUGGACUACAGGGUUGUAUCCUGAUGCUUCCAGAUUUGGAAUUUUCUUUGCUGCUGUCCUAGCGUCUCAUAUAAUCGGUGAACUACUAACGCUUGUUAUACUUGGAGUGGUUAAAAACCCAAAUAUAGUCCAAAGUGGAGUGGUGCUGCUUAAUUCAGCAGGUGUGAUAGUGGGAACAGGACUAGUAAGGACCCUUGAAGAAAUGCCAACACCGUUUAAAAUACUCAGUUAUCUUACCUUUCAAAAAUACAGCAGCGAAAUUCUUAUAGUCAAUGAAUUUUAUGGCUUGAACUUCACAUGUGGUGAAGCCAAUGCUUCCACUGCAACUAGUCCUGCAUGCAUUUUCUCUCAUGGCAUUCAGUUCAUUGACAAACACUUUCCUGAUGCAUUGUCCUGGUUUGCAAUCGAUUUCCUCAUACUCUAUGCUUUUCUACCAGGACUUGCCAUUAUAGCAGUUCUGAGCUUCAAAAUAAGAGAGAGAAUUAUUGACAGGCAAUAAACAUGUAGCAGUUUUAAUAAUGUCUAAUACUGCACUUUUAGCUUUAUUAAGUUGAAGACUUAAGGUGUUAGGUUUUAGAUAGAACAUAAAUGAUUAUACACAUAGAAACACAUUCAUCUUAUGCUUGUUUCGUAAUGGAUGUUUUCCCAUCUUGAGAAACAAUGCUCUCUUAGGAGUGCGAAUGUCUUCCUGCUGUUGGUGGUCUAACCCCACUCCACCAUAAUCAUCCACAGUAUCACCUUUUCAAGGACUUUCAAAAUUUAAUUUAGUAAGAUGCUGUUCUCAGUUUUAAACAGUGUAGCAAUGGUGCUCUGAUUUGUUCCUCCCUAUUUUGUUUUUUAACUAUUACAAAUAAACAGAGUGCUGCUACAACUAGUAAACCUCAUUUCCAGAAUUGUGUUCCAAGUCCUACAUUUUGGUUUGAUACCAAUCCAGGGAUUUGUAGAAAGGAAACAACCAAACACAUGUACAUAGAGAUAGAAUCAACAGAUCACUCCAGUCUAAUCUUAUGCAUACUCUACAAAGAAUGGGUACAAGAUCUUUAAGCAGUAUAAAAGUUAUCUAACAAAUUUUUGUCUCGUAAAUUAGAGAAGACAGGUACGUUAUUUAUAUCUCUUCCUUCUUUUCAUUACCAAGCUCUAAAUCUCAUUUUGAAAGCAGUUUGUGAAUUACUGGAACAAUUUUUUCUUUGUUAAUAAAAUGUCAAUUUAUCUUAAAACAAAAUUACCCAAGUUGUUUGCCAGUUCUUGGAAGUGAUAUAGGUGGCAUCCUUGGAAAUUAUUUUCAUGGGCUCACUAACAACCCAAGUGAUACUGUGAAUCUAAUUUAUGCAUUUAAUACAUGUAAGUACCUCUCAAAACUGAAAACCUAAGAAAAACAGAAUUCCUAAAUUUUGUAACCAAGUUUUCAUGUUCAGUUGCAGAGGGAUACCCAGAUAUUUAUUUGAGAAGGUAAGUAUAUUUGUAUCUUGAAAUUCCUGUAUAAUAUAAUUAACUUUGAUAAUUUUGAGAUGAUGCACUUUGUAACAAAGAAAUUUAAAUCCUCAGGUUAACACAAGUUCUCUAAACAGGGAGGCCAGUAUUUUUUCCCAGUAUCUUUACAUAUAGUUUUCUGAGAUACAAAUGUUAUAUAUUAAAAAUAAUAGGUAACUUUAAAGAGAUGGAAAGACAGCAGAUUAGUUUGCCUUUCCCAUUUUUAUGCACAUGUAGGGCUGUCCAUCAGGGAACAUUCUUACCCUCCAGUCUGCCAAGUGACUGUUCAGACAUUUACUCUCUGACAACUUUUAGCUUUCAUGACAGCCCCCUGGCUUUAAACAGGAUCUUGUCUUGCACAUCUGUAAGGAAUAAGGCUGUUAAUUAUGAUUUAUGAAAAUAUGAAUUAUGACAAUUAAUUUUAGUAAUAACCAACAAUUAUUAAUAAACUUUAAACAGUAUUUAUAUGCAGAUCCUAGUGCACAGUCAUGGAAUCAUUCCCAUAAACUGGUACAGUUUAACGAUUUUGAACCCAACUAGAAAAAUACAAAAUAUUCAAAUAGAACCAAUGUUGCAAUUCUGCCAUUUGUCCACCAGAUAGCGACUCAAUGAGAAACUUGCAGCUGCUCUAUAGCUAGGGAUCAGGCACAUGCAAUAAAGGAACCUUUCAGAGACACAAAUCAAUUUAUGAUGACAAAUUAUGACUCUGGGCAUUGCCAGGGAGGCUACUUACAAACCAUAACUUACAAUAGCACAUGGACUAAAGCACGUGGAUUUUAAACAGAACCAAAUCUGGCGUUAGACACGUGAACACUGGAAAAAUAUAGUUUCACUUGCGAAGUUGGUUGCUAAGCUACUGCUAUGCUGGCUCCAAGGCUUGUGGGGAUCCAACAGUGCUCUGCCUGGUCACUGCCAAAGCUCCAGGACUUGUGGGGACCCAGUGCUAGCUCCCAGGGGCAGUCCCUUCUGGACAUGUAGAGGCAGCUUUCUCCUGUGGCUUCAGGGGUGCAGAGUUGAUUGGGCAGGUUCAUCUAGACAGGCUCUCUGAAGUGGCCCUCAGGGCUGCAGUCCUGCAAAGUCAGCAGGGCGCUGGGGGGAGUGGUUCCCCCUUCUGGGGCUGCUGGAGAGUGUGGUGUGGGGGUCAAGGAGCAGAGCAGUGCAACUUUUUCCCCUGGCUCAGCUUGAAGUGAGCGAGUGUUCGGGACACUCACUAGCAGAGACAGUGCUCUGAAUCACG